AUGGUGUUGGCGGAUCAGGGCAGCGGUGCAGAGAUCAUGUACCCCGACCUAUUUAAGGGGCUGAAGCUAAGGCCCGAGGACUUGGCCUGCUAUGACUCCCCUCUGAUAGGGUUUGAUGGGAAGAUUGUCUUUCCGAAGGGCCAAAUUAGACUACCUGUUCAGGCAGGGUCAGAAAUCAUGGAAGUGAACUUCAUCAUGGUAGAUGCAUACUCCCCAUAUACUGCUAUUGUGGCCAGACCUUGGCUUUACGCCAUAGAGGCUGUGUCUUUCACCCUACACUUGAAAGUGAAGUAUCUAUCAAGGGAUCAGGUCGAGGAGCUGGUUGGAAGCCAAUCUAUGGCCAGGCAGUGCUUGGUAGCUGCUAUCAGACAUUAG